AUGGAAAAUGAUCUUCCCAGGGAAGAUGGUUAUUACGAUGAUAUAUAUUUCGAUUCAGAUAGUACAGACGACGAAUGUGAAGAAAAAGGUGAUGGUGAACCCAACGCUAUGGAGCUAACAGCGAAGAAAGCCAAGUCGACUAAAAAUCGAAAAGAAUUAUCGCCAGAUGAGCUUCUGUACGAUCCUGGCAUGGAUGAUGAAGAUGAAAUUUGGAUGGAGAAUAAAAUUACUCAAUAUAAUGAAAUGUCUUCGACGAUGCAAAACGUUGAUAAAAAUCCUUCGGUAAUUCUAGGAACAGAUGCGAUACUCUCAUGUCCCAUGUGCUUCACUAAUCUUAGCUACCAUACACAAAGGCAUGAAACAUACGUGAAUCAAUACAGAGCGAUAUUUGUGGAAAACUGCAAAGUAAAUAGAUCGGAACGACUUGUAUACAGCGAACACAGUAAACGAUCAAAUCAUAGUAACAAGAGAAACUCAUCAUCCCUGCCUUCUAAGAAGGCAAAUCUUCAAUCUCGGGAAGUUACUUCCAACGAGUUCAGUGAUAAAUGCGAUUACGACGCCGAGGGAAAGGUGCUCAACACUGAACCAUCCCGGGAACAGCCGGAGAUCUAUUACCCUGUGGAAUGCGAGAUUUGCGGAACCAAGGUCGCCGUAAUGGAUCAAGAGGAGGUUUAUCAUUUCUUUAAUAUCAUCGCGUCAUAA